AUGAAAACCGAGAUAGUGAAAGUCGAGGCGGGCGGAGGCGACACCUUGGGCAGAUUCCGCCAGCAGCCCGCACCACCAGCAACCCCGUCAUCAUCGGCGGCGCCGCUGCGGAGCCCACGACAGCCCCACAGGCUGGACUCGUGGGAGGUGCCGGCCGAGUCGCAGCACCCUGCCAUCGGGGCCCUGAGGCGCGCGGCGGACUACCUCGGCUCCAGCGACAUCCCCGUCGGCUUUCCCACCGAGACGGUCUAUGGUCUUGGUGCAGACGCCACCCGUAGCGCCGCCGUCAGGGGCAUCUACGCCGCCAAGGGCAGGCCUUCGGAUAACCCACUCAUCGUGCACGUCUGUGACCUCGAUAUGCUGCGCGCGCUGUUGUCACCGGCGUGUGAUGGUGGCAGCGGGGCGAAAGGCGAGGCAGUAUCAGAGAAGGCGGCCGAACCAGCAAGCACAGCAAACGGCACGACCAAGACGCCCAUCGACGACCCGAUCCCCAGCGUCUACCUCCCACUGCUGGAGCGCUUCUGGCCGGGACCGCUGACGAUCCUCCUCCCGAACCCGCAGCCGUCGCGGCUGGCGCCCGAGGUGACGGCGGGCCUGCCGACGUUUGGGGUGCGCAUGCCGGCGUCGCCGCUGGCGCUGACGCUGAUCAGGCUGGCGGGCGUCCCGCUCGCUGCCCCAUCGGCCAACGCAUCCACGCGCCCGUCGCCCACUACCGCGCACCACGUCUUCGACGACCUCGACGGCCGCCUCGAGCUGAUCCUCGAUGGUGGCCCUUGCGGCGUCGGCGUCGAGAGCACGGUCGUCGACGGCCUGUGUGACCCGCCUGCUGUGUUGCGGCCCGGCGGCGUGGCGAUUGAGGACUUGAGGCGCUGUGAGGGCUGGGAGGGCGUCGUCAAGGCGUACAAGGACGAGGCGGAACUUGGUAAAUCGGGGGACAGCGCCGCGCCACGUGCCCCGGGUAUGAAGUACAAGCACUACAGCCCGCGAGCUAAGGUCGUGCUGUACGAGGCUGGGUUCGGGGGUGGCGGUGCGGCGGGGGAUAGGGUGCGGGAGGAUCUGGAUGCUGGGAGGUUGGUGUUUGGUGAGGAUGCCGGGAGGCCGGCGAGGCUUGGCGUUGUCAGGACGACGUCGUCUGGGGACAAGGCCGGAGAGAGGUCGGUCGAGGAGUAUCAGACCGAGGACGGGACGACGGUGCUGGAUUUGCAUCUCGGGAGGGAUCCUAAGGAUGUGGCGCAGGGGUUGUUCUCUGCGCUGAGAGAGCUCGAUACGCGCAAGGCGGAUGUGAUAUGCGUCGAGGGGGUUGGAGAUGGUGAUGACAUCGCCGCGGCCGUCAUGAACAGGCUGCGGAAGGCGGCAACGGAGACGAGGUGA